UCGUGACACAAACGGAACGUGCACGGACCAUGUAACAGCACAGCAAAUGUUCAGUUUAGAUAGUGACUUGUUACAUAUAGUAAAGUAUUUGUAUUUAUUGAAGGAAUAUAUGUAGCCGGUAGGCAGGUAGACAGUGGCCCGUGCUCAUGUUUAUUUAUAACUUAUGCAUAAUUUGUCAUUUAAAAAGCUUUAAUCUAUAGACAAUGUUACACAGGACCCUAAUUAUUUAGUCAACACUCAGCACUGUGUGUUUGGAAUCUUAACGUCUCACAAAAGGCUGCCAUUUUAUUUUGAAAUUAGAAUUUAGAAUUGGAGUUGGAAUUUAGCAUUGGAAUUGUAAUCGUGUGUAUAUCAUCGAGACACGAGGACAACUACUCCAGAUUUAAAACACGUUAAAGAAGACGUUAAGCUCUAACGUGCAGACAUGCAGUCUAUAAUGAAACUGUGUUGUGCAAAAGAUGUGGUUCACGAGAACACAUUAACAAAGGAAAAGACUUCUAGCUUGAAGACAGCGAUGACAGAUCAGGGCUCACAGACAUAUCAGGGCUUACAGACAGAUCUGGACGUACAGACAGAUCAGGGCUCACAGACAUAUCAGGGCUUACAGACAGAUCUGGACGUACAGACAGAUCAGGACUCACAGACAUAUCAGGGCUUACAGACAGAUCUGGACGUACAGACAGAUCUGGACUUACAGACAGAUCUGGGCUUACAGACAGAGCCGGGCUUACAGACAGAUCCGGGUUUACAGACAGAUUUCGGCUUACAGACAGAUCUGGGCUUACAGACAGAUCCGGGCUUACAGACAGAUCCGGGUUUACAGACAGAUUUUGGCUUACAGACAGAUCUGGGCUUACAGACAGAUUCGGGCUUACAGACAGAUUUCGGCUUACAGACAGAUCCGGGCUUACAGACAGAUUUCGGUUUACAGACAGAUCAGUGCUUACAGACAGAUCCGGGCUUACAGACAGAUUUCGGCUUACAGACAGAUCUGGGCUUACAGACAGAUUUCGGCUUACAGACAGAUCUGGUCUUACAGACAGAUCUGGGCUUACAGACAGAUCUGUACUUACAGACAGAUCAGUGCUUACAGACAGAUCUGGGCUUACAGACAGAUCAGUGCUUACAGACAGAUCAGUGCUUACAGACAGAUCUGGGCUUACAGACAUAUCCGGGCUUACAGACAGAUCAGUGCUUACAGACAGAUCUGGGCUUACAGACAUAUCCGGGCUUACAGACAGAUCAGUGCUUACAGACAGAUCAGUACUUACUGAAACCCUGGGUGAAAGCUACACGCCACCGAACGCGCCGUCCAAAGGCAUCCACUCUUCGGGGUGCUCCUCCUACAGCUUCCACAAAAGCUCUACCUGGAAAAACAGAGGAGCUCCUAGAGCAGCUUGAAGUACAGAAGGAUAACACUUCUGGAAAUGUUCAGGUGGAGCACCUCCCCGAGCUCCAGGCUCCUGCUCCACCCACUGUCCCCAGAAGAGAUUCAGAAGCAGAUUCAGAAGUAGAGCCAGGACCCAGUUGUAUGCCUAUGCAGGAGAUUGAUGCUCUCACUGUGGAAGACACAGGACAAAUGUUGCUGCCAGCCCCGGAGGAGAGUCUAGAGAGUAUAACGGCUCAUCAGCCCGACAUCAACAUACCAUGCGGGUCUCGGCGGGUGACUAGGUCUGCGAAGAGAUUUGGUUCGCCACAAGUUGUCCACUUACCUCCGGUGAAAACUACACGCCGUUUGGCCUCGACCUUUGGGAGCACACCUAACCCUCAUUUUAGAGACAAUCAUCGACGCUCUGAAUACGAGGACAGCUACGGUCCUAAGAGACGCACCAGAAAUUUCAGCCUUGCUCUGUACCGACAGCAAAAAGGAACACUUUAAAAAGCAGGUCUCCGGGCGGCAAAUGUAAAUUAAAAAAUAAAAUAAAUAAAUAAUUAAAAAAAGAGUCAUUCAUGACGCUUGUUCAGGACCACAACGUCAGUAUUCACCUUUUUACUUUUGCCGCCCAAUUCUCCAUGGAUGUGUGAGUAUGAGAAUAACUGCACAUUCUUUGGCUUCAUCACAUCAGGAUAGCCAAUCUAUUUUCAGAGAAGUACUCACAUAAAACACCAGCACUUCUAAUGGCUGACAAAAUUGCAUAAAGGAAAAUUCCCGGAUUACUUAUAAUACCCACAGGCUUUCACAGGAAGAUUUAAGAAAUGGCAGAGGACAGUCUUCUUACCGAUAGAUGGCAUCUUUGAGCUAACAAAGCCCGCCUUCAAGUUGUUAUUCUUUCUGAAAUCCGCUUUUUACGUCUCCUCAGGAAAAAGAAGUUUUGCCAAACCCAGAACUAGCCAGACGAAGUAGAUUUUAUGGCAGGUUUACCCCAAGAGCCAGCUUGAGGACACUGACAGGAAACCCCUCGACAAAAACCCCCAGCAAAAUAGUUCUUUUAAAAAAAUGAACAAAUAAAAUAAAUGUGACAGUA